AUGUACCAUAAAUACCCACCACCACAACCAUCGAUUCACAACCAUCCCACAAUGGCAAAGCUCAUAGCACUAGCACUUGCUUUCACAGCCCUUGUAGCCUUUGCUUCCGCCCACAGCACCAUCAUCACCACCACCAUCGAGGAGGAAAGCACAUUCUCGAAGGAGCAGUGCAGCCAACAGCUCCAGGGACAAAGAUUCAAUCAGUGCCAGAGGUAUCUCGCGCAGGGCCAGAGUCGGUAUGAAGAAGACAACCGAAGUCAGCAGCAGGGCGGCCUCCAGUUGUGCUGCCAAGAGCUCCAAUACGUCGACGAGCAGUGCCAGUGUGAGGCUGUGAAAGAAGCAUUCCGGGAAGCCCAGAAGAUGCAACAACAACAACAGGGACAACAAGGCGGAAGCUUCGGUUCCAAGCAGAUCAGACAGAUGAUGCAGAAGGCUCAGAACCUUCCUAACCAAUGCAAACUCCAAACUAGACAAUGCCAAGUCGGAAAAAUCUCAAUCACCACCUUCACCACUAUCACCGAGGACACCACCUACAGCCGCCGUGGCUCGCAACAGCAGUGCGAGCACAUCCGAGGCCGACAAUUCAACCAGUGCCAAAAUUUCAUCCAACGACAAAUGGGUUCCUAUGCAACCCUUCUGAUGAGCGUCAGCAGGCAAGGUCAACAGCCACAAGGUCUCGAACAAUGCUGCAGUGAGCUUCAGAACGUGGAGGAAGAAUGCCAGUGCGAGGCCAUGCAGGAGGUGUACAGGCAAGCCCAGAGGCAGCAGCAACAAGGGAGCCAACAACGUGGCCGACGUGGUGGACAGCCUCAGACCCAAGACUUGCAGCAGAUUGUUCAAAUAGAUGAUGUGAAGAAGGCAUUGGAUAAGAAUCCUGCAAAACAAGUUGGUUCAGAUGUUGAAAAUAUGUUGAAGACUGGAAGAUUGGUUGCACAGUCGACUCUUGAUCUGAAAGAGAAAGCUGGUAUGGCAGUACAAGCAGAAAGGCAGAAUUUUCUCAGAUUUUUGUCACAUUUUAGAGCUGUUCAUAGAGGUUCUUCACUUGCAGGACUUCGUGCUACAAGUGUGCGUAAAUUAUUGCCAAAGUCAUGGGGUUUUGUAUGCCCUGUUGACACGCCAGAUGACGCUCCAUGUGGACUGCUGAAUCAUUUGACUGCCUCAUGUCGGAAACCACUUACAAAUGUAAUUGCUAUUGGUAUUGGUGGAAGCUUUCUUGGUCCAUUGUUUGUGCACACUGCUCUUCAAACCGAUCCAGAAGCUAGUAAAUCAGCUGGAGGAUGCCAACUUCGCUUAAUGAUAGGAAAUUUGCAACUAUGGAAAGAAAGAUGGGCAAGCUGUGCGAAUCCUGAAAACGAUUUUACACAAAAGAUACUAAUGUAA